AUGAGUGAUGAAGAUGAAAAAAUUUAUAUUUAUUCAGAUUUAUUUUCUAAAAACUUUAGUGAUAAUGAAAAAGAUGAAACAUUUCAUAAAGAAAAAAAAGUUUAUAGUUCCAGUGAAUUGAAGAAUGGAGAAAAUGAAUAUUCGAAACUUAGAGCUGAAAAUUCUACUAUAUUAAAUGACUAUUUUGAAAGUGAGAAUAUUAAAAAUUUAAAUGAUGGAAACAUUAAUAGUAAUGAACAUAAUGAUAUUAUAUUAUUUCCUCAAAAUAAAAAUUAUUCAGUAAAUUUAUUUGUUGGACAAUUAGUAGAAAAUAAGCAUUCUGUAAGAUUAACAAAGCCUGGAUUUUAUUCUAUUUAUAUAGAAAAUAACAAUAAUAGUAAAUGGGAUAGUAUUUAUUUUGGAUUAUCAAAAAUUCAAGUAGAGUUAAAUUAUAAAUUGAUGAUUAAAAAUGAUGUUACAGUAAAAGAAUAUGAAGGAAAUAAUAGUAAUGAUAAUAUAGAAAGCUUCAAGGAUAAUAUAACUAUUAAUGAUGAAAAUGAAGAGAAUGAUAACAUAAGAAAAGAAUACAUUAAUUCACGUUAUGGUUUAAAUUAUGAAAUAAACGAAAUAUGUAAAUAUAAUUUAAAUAAAACUGAAAUAUUAUUAGAUGAUAAUUCAGAAAAAAGAAAAAAUGAUAAAUAUAAAGCAAAAAAUACUAAUUAUUACGAUAAUUUCAUUUUGAAAAAUAAAUGUGCCUCCGUUUUAUUUGACACAAAUAAUAGUAGUCCUGAAACAUAUACCUGUUCAUUCAAAACAGAAGAUCAAAUAAGAGUUCCAUCAAAAAAGAAAAAAAAUAUAUAUAUAUAUAAUAAGGAUGAAAAUACUAUAUUAGAAUUAACGGUUCGUACGUAUAUGUCAUUAGGAAUGAGUGUCUUAUGCAAAUAUGGUUUAUUAUAUUGCGGAAAAUAUAAUCAAAUUCCUCGAGAUCCUUAUACCCCUUUUAAAAAACCAGUUUCAAUUUUAUCAUUAGAUGGUGGUGGUAUAUUAAGUAUAUCAACCUUACUAGUGUUAAAUAGGUUAGAAAUUGAAUUAAGAAAAGAAAUAGGUAGUGACGAUGUAAAUUUGAUUGAUUGUUUUGAUAUGGUAUGUGGAACAAGUGCAGGAGGAUUAAUAAGUUUGGCUUUGCUAAAAGAAAUAGGAGUACAAGAAGUUACAAAUCUUUGGCCAGGAACAAUGAAAAAGAUAUUUGAAGGCAGCAGGAAUCUUAUUUCAGGGAUAUUGUUUGAAGGAUAUGAUAUAAAUAGAGUUAAAAAUAUUUUAAUGGAACGUAUAGGAAAUAAAUUCAUAUCCUCUUAUAAAAAAUUAUACUGUUUUGUAACAGCAACAGAUGUUAGGCAUAAACCAUAUAAAUUAUUUUUAAUAAGAAAUUAUACUCAUAAAUAUAAUUCAAUAAAUGGAGAAUCAUAUGAUGGAAUUAAUAAGGUUCCAUUAUGGCUUGCUGCAUGGGCAACUGCUUCGGCUCCUACAUAUUUAAAAGGUCCUAGUGCAGAAGAUAUAAAAAAAUUAGGUAUUCAAAUAAAGCCAGAAAUACAUUUAGUUGAUGGAGCUUUAAAAGCAAGUAAUCCUUCUCUUAUUGCAUUAGAAGAGUGUGCACGAUUAAAUAAUAAAAACCUAUCAACUUUUAUAAAAGAAGAUUUAGAUACAUUAGUUUCUAUUGGAACUGGUCAAUUACCAACAAAAUUAACACAAUCAACUUCAAGCAGUAAAUCAGCAUCCACCUUUGAAAUUUUAAUUAAUUCAACUCAUUUACUAACAAGAGCAAAUGAUACACACAGGGAACUUUUACAGUGGUUAGCUGAUAGGGAAAAUACAUACUUCAGAUUUAAUGUACCAAAUAUAGGAGAUAUAAAUAUAGAUAGUCAAGAUAUUAAAGAUUUUGAUUUAAUUGCUAAAGCAACACAAGAUUAUUUAUUUGAUGAGAAAUAUUAUGAAAUUAAAAGAUUAGCUAAUAAGCUAGCUAAUAACUAUAUACGUUCAAAAUAUCUAUAA